CUCGUAAGUACGGAGUACUACAACAGACUUCGAGCCCGGUCGAGGGAGACCCCGUCCCACGCCGGGGACUUCCCCCGAAUCACGGCCCUCCGUCCAGGAACGUGUUGCUCCCCAGAGCUGGAGACAGGAAGCCCACCGAAAACUUACGCAGGCACGUGGGCUGGGCGUAGUGAAUGGCCCCCGGCCAGGCUCAGCCCGGGGUGGUCACAUAAAGUGUGCUGCCACGCUGUGGUAUCAGAGCUGUCAGCUGCGGCCACCAUCUCCUCACCACCUCCCUUCCUCGCACAUCUCCAGACUAGACGAAGACUCCAGUCAUCAUGGCGGUGCUGCACGCGUACGACUACAUCUUCGCCAUCGGCACCCUGUUUGCCAUGCUGGAUGCCUACAACAACGGCGCAAACGAUGUGGCCAACUCCUGGGCAACCAGUGUCUCCUCCCGUUCCAUCUCCUACCGCCAGGCCAUGGUGUUCGGUACCGUCUUCGAAAUGCUGGGUGCCAUCACGGUCGGAGCUCGCACGGCCGACACCAUCAAGAACGGCAUCAUUCCCAACUCGGCCUUCCAGGACAACGCGGGCGUCCAGAUGCUAGCCUUUACCUGUGCUUUGGCGGCGGCCUCCUCCUGGGUCAUGUGGUGUACCCGCCACUCCGCCCACGUUUCCUCGACUUACUCACUGAUCUCCGCCGUGGCUGGCGUCGGUGUGGCCACCGUGGGUGCCUCCCAGGUACAGUGGGGCUGGAACAAUGGCAAGGGACUGGGAGCCAUCUUCGCUGGUCUGGGUAUGGCACCCGUCAUCUCGGGAGGCUUCGCAGCGGCCAUCUUCAUGCUCAUCAAGUUGGUGGUGCUCAUCCGCAAGAACCCCAUCCCCUGGGCCGUCUACAGCUCGCCGUUCUUCUUCCUCAUUGCCGCUACCAUCUGUACCUUGUCCAUCGUCUACAAGGGCUCCCCGAAUCUGGGUCUCACCAAGAAGCCUGGCUGGUACAUUGCGGCCGUCACCAUGGGUACGGGUGGUGGCGUUGCCCUCCUGUCGGCCAUCUUCUUCGUUCCGUUUGUGUAUUCCCGUGUCAUCAAGAAGGACCCGAAUGUUAAAUGGUGGAUGUUCAUCCUGGGUCCCCUGUUGCUGACCCGCCCUGCCACGGAAACGGGCGAGCAAGCCCAGGUGCCCGACUACGCCGUCGUCCAGGACAGCCAUGACGACCUGGCCGCCCGCUCCCCGGAUACCCUCCGCGGGGACGACGUCCAGAAGUCGACGCAGGCCGGAGUCGAGUCGAUCCAGUCCCGCAGCGAAGAAGGCGAGAAGCGGUUGGUAGCCGGGGAAGCGACCCAGCUGACCUACAAGGAGCUCAUGGAACAGUCCGACCGUCGGCUGCGGGAACGGCUGCUCAAGAAGCGUGGACCUCUUGGAUGGGCGAUGCGUACUCUUCGUGACAACCCCAUGGGCGCGGGCCAGCUGUAUGAGCUGAACAACAUGGCGAUCCUGGCGAAGCGCAUCCCCGCGAUGAUUGUGUGCGGGCUGCUGUAUGGUCUGCACUACGAUAUCCACGCGGCCCAGUCUGGCAUUGCGGGCACUCCGGAAGGCAAGCGCAUGCAGCGGGUUUACGCUCACGCCGAGAAGUAUCCCAACGAGGUGGAGCACACCUACUCGUUUGUUCAAGUCUUGACAGCCUGCACGGCGUCGUUCGCGCACGGUGCCAACGAUAUCGGCAACUCGGUUGGACCCUGGGCGGUCAUCUACUCGGCUUGGUCGACGGGCAACGCUGCGGCCGCCAAGGCUCCAGUGCCGGUGUGGCAGUUGGCGGUGCUGGCGGCGUGCAUCUCGCUGGGGUUGAUUACCUACGGCUACAACAUCAUGAAGGUCAUGGGCAACAAGAUUACCUACCACUCGCCGAGUCGGGGCUGUUCGAUGGAGAUGGGAGCGGCCAUCACGGUGCUGGUCUUCUCGCAGUACUCGCUCCCCGUGUCGACGUCGAUGUGCAUUACGGGAGCUACGGUGGGCGUGGGCCUGUGCAAUGGCACGCUCAAGGCCGUCAACUUUCAACGGGUUGGACUGCUGCUGCUGGCGUGGAUCAUGACGAUUCCGAUUGCCGGUACGUUAGGGGGGAUUCUGAUGGGGCUGUUUCUCAAUGCGCCGCACUUUGCAUGAUGUUCUUUCUUUUCCCACGGGGCGGUUCUUUCCGCGCAUGUAGAGACUUGUGCAGCAGCUGGAGC